AUGUCUGAAACAUACGAAUAUUUAUUUAAGUUUUUAGUAAUUGGAAGUGCUGGUACAGGAAAAUCGAGCCUACUUAAUAAUUUUAUUGGUAACAAAUUCAAAGAAGAUAGGUGCCACACUAUUGGUGUUGAGUUUGGUUCUAAGAUAGUGAAUAUAGGCGGAAAAUCGACAAAGUUACAAAUAUGGGAUACAGCUGGACAGGAGAGGUUCCGCUCAGUUACGCGAUCGUAUUACAGAGGAGCAGCAGGUGCAUUAUUGGUGUAUGAUAUAACAUCUAGGGACUCUUUUAAUGCUCUAUCCAAUUGGUUAAGAGAUGCAAGGUCUUUAGCUAGUCCUAAUAUAGUGAUAUUACUGGUUGGUAACAAAAAAGAUAUAGAAGAAUCUCGAGAAGUGACAUUCACUGAAGCUAGUCAGUUCGCUCAAGAAAAUGAAUUGAUGUUCCUUGAGAGUAGUGCUAAAACAGGAGAAAAUGUUGAAGAGGCAUUUUUAAAGUGCUCAAAAACUAUUCUUGCAAAAAUUGAAACAGGUGAAUUAGAUCCAGAGAGGAUAGGUUCUGGUAUUCAAUAUGGAACUAGCACUGCUAAAAGAUUGACUGCACCAAAGAAGCCUGUAAGGGCACCUACAGAAUGUGCUUGUCGAGUUUAA